UUCUUGGAUACAUAGCUAACCAUAAAGCUACACCGGCUACAAAUAGUUUAACGGGACAAAUUAACGGAAAAUGUAAUCGCUUCAAAUAGCCAUUUAGGGAGUGGGGAAGACACACAAAUAGUUACUGAAUACUUAGCUGAAUGAUUUCUGCGUUAAUAGAACAUUUGAAACGCAAUGUCUUUUAAACAUGGGCCGGCGAUAGACGUUCUAAAUAGCGGGGAACAACUUUCAGAGCAAAAGUACAAGAUAGAAAACACCACCCCGAGAUGAAUUACAGUAUUCCAGCCAACUCGCAGCUGUUGUUCCGUGCUUGUGAUGAGGGGGACUACGAGAGUGUCAGGAGGAUUAUUGAACCUGGAGCAAGCGAAACCGGGACUCAGUGCAGAUCCGAAUGUAACGUUGAUCUCUCCCGAGCCCUUUCUCUUGUACCGGUGGAUUGCACGGACGAAGAGGGAAAUACUGCACUUCAGUUCGCCGCAGCGAAUGGACAUGAAAACAUAGUCAGGUUUCUGCUCAGAAAAGGGGCCUCCGUGGACAGCCGUAAUAACUAUGGCUGGACCCCACUCAUGCAAGCUGCAAGGUUUGGGCACAUGAACGUUGCCCAGAUUUUUCUGGAAAAUGGAGCGGAAAUCAAUGGCAAGAACAGAAUGGGGGCCAGCGUGCUCACCAUGGCGGCCAGAGGGGGCCACACCGGCAUGGUCAAGCUGCUGAUGGAGAGCGGGGCCUUCGUGGAUGACUACGACCACCUGGAUGUCCCGGAGGGCAACGGCAACAACAACAACAACGGCGGUGGGGCCAGGGAGUUCCUGGACAUCACAGCCCUGAUGGCGGCCGCCCAGCACGGGCACGAGGCCGGGGUGAGACUGCUCCUGGAGUGGGGCGCUGACGUCAACGCCACCCUGAAGACCACUGGCUGGAGCCCGCUCAUGCUGGCUACGCUCAACGGGAAGGUCGGCGUGGCUCAGCAGCUGGUGGAGAGGGGUGCCGACCCUGACCAGGUCAACGUGCUGGCCAAGACCGCCUUCGAGAUCGCCCUGCAGCUGCAGCAGAAGGACGUGAAGGCCUACCUAGACUCCAUCACCACUGUGCGCCCACAGCCAGAUGAUGAGAAGAGAAGGCCAGAUGUAUUCAGUGCCCUGAAAUUAGGGAACUCCCAGCUGGUGAAGGAGAUCCUGGAUGAAGACCCGGCCCAGGUGAACAUGGCAAACGGGGACGGGGCGUCUGCGCUGAUGAUUGCUGCGGUCAGCGGGCAGCUGGAGGUGGUGCAGCUCCUGGUGGAGAGGAGUGCAGAUGUGGACAAGCAGGACAGCGUUCACGGGUGGACCGCUCUCAUGCAGGCCACCUACCACGGGAAUAAGGAUGUUGUGAAGUACCUGCUGAACCAGGGUGCUGAUGUGAACCUCCGUGCCAAAAACGGCUACACCGCCUUUGAUCUCGUCAUGCUGCUGAAUGACCCAGACACCGAGCUGGUGCGGUUGCUGGCUUCCGUAUGCAUGCAGGUGGAUAAAGACAAGGGCAAGUCCAGGGCUAGGACAUCCCUCUCCCGCUCCAAAAGCAGACAGUCUCUCAGCAUCCCUGUUCCCCCUGAUGAUAAGGGGGGCCUGAAGUCGUGGUGGAACAGGAUGUCCAAUCGGUUCAGGAGGCUCAAGCUGACCCACACUCUGCGGCACGGGCUCUCCACCAAUCGCCUGGCUCCCUUCCCGGACGACCCCGAGGUGUCUCUGGACUCCACCAUGAAAGCGGACGGGAAGAGUGGGGGGCCCAACGGCGCUAUGGCGAUGCCUCCCAGUCUGGGGAACACUGACGUGAGCGUGGCGUGGAGCGCCAAGAGCAAGGACAGCGGUAUUGGCAGAACCAGCACGGAAAAAGAUGACUCUCUUAUAACAACAAUGCUGAGAAAUGGCGCCCCCUUGACCCGCCUCCCGAAUGACAAGCUGAAGGCCGUGAUCCCGCCCUUCCUCCCCCCGUCCAACUUCGAGCCCUGGAACUCGGACCGGUCCCGUGUGCUGAAGGAGGGAAAAACGGAGCCGCCUCGCCUCACCAUGCCCCAGAGGCCUGGGAAGGCCAACUUCAACAGCAGCGGCAACUCCGACAUCACGUCCGUCAGUCGUGUGGUCAACCGGUCCAUCAAGUUCCCCAGCAUCACCAAGGGUCCCGCCUCCCCCUCCAACUCCGGAAACUUCAACUACUCUCCCCACUCCUCCGGGGGCUCAAAUGGGGUGGCCGGGGUGAACAGACACACGGUCGACCCACACAACCGCUCCGGAGGAAGUGCGGACAGCGUUUUGUCUCAGAUCGCGGCUCAGAGGAAGAAGGCAGCGGGCCUGCUGGACCAGAAGCCCCAGGCCACCGAGACUCCGGCCCCCGCCGUGCCCGACAUCAGCCUCCCGGACAUCCACAGCACCCCCAGCCUGGUGGCCAGCGAUGUGCACUCCCGGAGGAAAAUCGAGCUCAUGAAGAGGCCGCAGUCCGGAAACUCAUCCACCUCCAAGAGCACCUCUCCCACCCUGACCCCCUCCCCCUCCCCGACUCCCAAACCUCCCCCAGGAGACUCCCUCUCCUCCGCCUCCUCCCACCCGCGCUCCAAGAGCAGCGGAGGGUCCAGCAGUGGCACCAUCACAGAUGAGGAUGAGCUUUCAGGCAUUCUAAAGAAACUCUCACUGGAAAAGUACCAGCCUAUAUUUGAAGAGCAGGAGGUAGACAUGGAGGCCUUCCUUACCCUGACUGAUGGGGAUCUAAAGGAGCUGGGAAUUAAAACAGAUGGGCCUAGACAGCAGAUUCUGGCAGCCAUUUCUGAGCUGAAUGCUGGAAAGGGCAGAGAGAGGCAGAUUCUCCAGGAAACGAUCCACAACUUCCAGUCUUCGUUUGGCAGCAGUGCCAGUAAUCCGCGGGCACCUGGGUAUCCUCACUCUCCAGCAGGUUGGGUCCGACAGCAGGUGCGCUCCUCCAGCAAGAGGUAGCCUCCAGGGGGAGAAGCUGUGGAACCCCGCAGUGUGGGUGACGGAGCCCGAGUGUGAGGAGGGUCUCAUGGACGCCAGUGUCCCAGUGCACCGCAGGAGGACACUGCAGCGAAGACGCCGGGCCCCGGGGCCCCCGCUCCAGCCAGGGGCCGGGACGGACCGGGGCCGCAGGGAGUGACCCGCUGUAGACCCGCUCCCGGCCACUUUCAGACAGAGCACACAGCAAUGUGCCGCAAUCGCUUUCUCUGAGCCACACCGCUGUCUCACUGGGAGUGUGAACCUGCUCUGGCUCAGUGUAAAGAGCAUGGGAGUUCUGCAAAGCUUUGGACAGCAUGAGUAGGGGUAAGAGGAGGAAAGACCUCUGCUCUGUAGUCAUGGCCGCCAGCACGCCAGUGGCCUCAGAAAAGUUCUGCUUCCCCAAAACAACCAAGAAUCAGUAAGAGGAAAAUGCUUUAUUCUUUUAUUAUUUGCCUUUAAUGUUUUUGAGAAAAAUAAACUUUAUCUGACUUGAGUGUGAUUUAUUGCUCUGUUCCUCUAGGUUAUUACACUCAGUGAGCACUUUAUUAGGUAUUUGUUGGACUUAUGUUUUAGACCUAUUGGUCUUCUGCUGCUGUAGCCUAUCCACUUAGAGGUUUGACGCGUUGUGUGUUCAGAGAUGCUCUUCUGCAUACCACUGUUGUAAUGCAUGGUUAUUUGCGUUACUGUCACCUGUCAGCUUCGACCAGUCUGGCCCUUCUCUGACCUCUAUCAUUAACAAGGUAUUUUUGCCUACAGAACAGCUGCUCACUGGAUAUUUUUUGUUUUUCACACCAUUCUCUGCAAACUGUAGAGACUGUUGUGUGUGAAAAUCACAGGAGAUCAGCAGUUUCUGAGAUACUCAUCUCACACUGUCUGGCACCAACAAUCACAGUCAAGGUCACUUAGAUUACAUUUAUUCCCCAUUCCGACAUUUGGUCUGGACAACAGCUGAACCUCUUGACCACAUCUGAAUACACUAUUAAAAACCUAGUGUAUAGGUCUACCAAAUAAAUUGCUCACUGAGUGUACGGUAUAUGCACACAGUUAAAAGUUUUACUAAAAUAUUUACUUGAAUUUGAUUAUUGUGAAAAUAUAACAUUUAUUGAAAAGUUUUGUGUUCACUAUAUAUUUUACUAUGCAAUAAAUAUUACCUGAGCCGAUA